CGCUUUUAUGAUUAAAAAAAAGCACUGUACAGAAGUAUUUUUAUUUUGUUGACAGCCUAAUUUAAAAAAAUAAUCUAUUCAUUAACACCACAAAAGUUGUCUGCAAAAGUUCACUGAUAUUAUUAAUAGCAACUACGCUUGUCAUAUAUCUUCUACAAUGUCUAAGGUCAUAGCUGUUUUUGGUGCAACAGGGAAACAAGGAGGUUCGGUGAUACGUUCGUUGGUCAAAACGAAUUUAUACAAUCUGAAAGCAAUAACUAGAAAUAGCAAGUCAGAAAAAGCAAAAGAACUUUCCAAUCUAAAAAAUGUGGUCGUUGUUGAAGCCGAUUUAGACAAUAAUGAUAGUUUAGAUUCUGUACUUGAAGGUUGCUACGGUGUCUUUCUUGUGACUGACUUCACUGCUCACUUUGUAAAAAACAAAGAAAUUGAUCAGGGCGUAAAUUUAAUUAAUAAAGCUAUACAAAACAACGUCAAACAUGUAGUCUUUAGCGGAUUGGAGAACGUCGAGUCACAGAUUAAUGAGCCUUGUUUGCAUUUUGAUUAUAAAGCAGCUGUUGAGGACUAUGGUAUAAAGCAAGAAGACAAAAUAUACUUUACUUCUCUUCGAUUGCCAAUGUACUACCAAGAGGUAGUUAGUUCAGUUUUAAAUAAAGCGUUUGGAAAUCAAUUUUUAUUAAACAUACCAAUGGAUGCAGACAAAAAGGUCUACAUAAUGAAUGUUGAGGAUAUAGGAAAUUGUGUAGCAAGCGUAUUAGCUGACCCUCAGCAGUACAAAUCUCAAAAAAUAGGUCUUUGUGGAGAUUACCUUAAAAUCUCUGAUUUAUUGAUGCUUUUAAAUCAAGAGUUGUCACCACUCAAAGUUCGCUUUCCAGGUGGUUGGUUUAAUAGAUUUCUUUUUAGAAAUGUUCUAAGUUUCCCUGGUGUUAAAGAUAUUCGAAUAAUGUUUGAUUACUUUAAUCUUCAACUUAUGAAGCGUGACGCAGAUUUGACAAAAAAGCUUAAUCCAGAAGUUGUCGAUUUUGCAACUUGGCUCAAGAAAAAUCGUAACGAAAUUGUAUCAAGUAAAACUGCAUAACCGUUAAUUUUAUUAUAAUAUGAUUUUAUUAAAUACACGCUUUAACGUAAAACAAAAAUGUUGCUUGCAAAA